UCCCUUCUCUCUGCCAUUUAAAAAGCUGCGCUCUGAGGGCAACGUGAGCCCAGCGGCACUGCCAACCAAACAAAUACGAGUUUGUGGACAAAAUGAUGUAGUGUUUAUUUUUAAAGUGCAAAUACGAGAACAAUAGAAGAGAGCGGAGGGUCUUUGCAUGUUUUUUUAAAUGGGAAAUCUGUUGGGCAGCUGGCGUUUCAAGGAGCCGAGCACCGUUGAGGAAUGCGACUCGACGUGGGGGUCGGACUCCGAGAGCGACGAGCCGGCGGCUGAAGAUGACAGCGGCAUCUCCGACUCCGUCAGCCCGGCGGAGAGUGACCGGGCCGCCGGAGACCCCGAGGACGCGUCCCCGCAGCUGACAGAAUCUCCAGAGUCCGGUCCAAAGAUGAAGAGGAGUUUCUACGCUGCCAGGGACCUUUACAAAUACCGUCAUAGCUACCCGAACUACAGAAAGACCCGCCUACCCAACGAAUACCGUAACCUGCGCUUCUACCUGAACAAGAUCCCUCUAGUACCUGAUGGCAUCUACGUAGAGGAGAUUCUGACUAAGUGGAGAGGCGACUAUGACAAACUGGAGCACAAUCACACCUACAUUCAGUGGCUGUUCCCAUUAAGAGAACAAGGGCUCAACUUCUACGCACAUGAACUGACUCAGGAGGAGAUCAAAGAAUUCCAAAGCACUCGGGAAGCCAAGCGGAGAUUCCUGGCAGCUUACUCCCUCAUGUUGGACUUCUACGGCGUCAAACUGCUGGAUAAGAGUGGCAAUGUUGCCCGGGCUCCCAACUGGCAGGAGCGCUUCCAGCACCUUAAUGAGUCCCAGCACAACUACCUGCGGAUCACUCGCAUCCUGAAGUCCCUGGGCGAGCUGGGCUACGAGGCCUUCAAGGCCCCGCUGGUCCGUCUGUUCCUGGAGGAGUCGCUGUGCCACAACACACUUCCCAACAUGCAGCACAGCGCCCUGGAAUACUUCGUCUACACCAUCCGCCUGCCGGCCACCCGCCGACGCCUGCUCCGCUACGCCCGCCAGCACUACAGGCCCGCCCACGCCUUCCUCUGGGGACCGCCACCCAAAAGGCGAGGCGGCGGUGUUGGUGCCGGUGGUAGCAGCGAGGGUGCUGGGAGCAGCGGGAUCAGAGCGCCCGCUCCGACACCGGAGCAACAGCGGAGGGGUGAGGAGAGCACCGGUAGUAGCGGGAUUAUCGGGUCUUCCCAUGAUGCCGUGACUUGCCCGGACCUGGACGGAGAAGGGCCGAAGGGCUGCGCGGGACUCGGUUCUAGCGCGGCCGGACUGGAGGGAGCGUUGAUGAUGGCGGGAGCUCGAGGAGAGAGGAGCGAGCACAAUGAGGUCGUUCCUCUGUAGGGGGUCCGGUUCAAAUUGUUAUCUGGUGUUGAAGGCAGAAAACAAAACAGGUGUUUUUAAAAGUAAUAGGUUGAGAUGUUAAGGAGAAAAAAACGAAACAUUGUUAACGCCAGAAAGUUGUUUUUAGAAGUCAAGAAGGCAGUAAUAGUGAAACGCAUUUGUGAAAUCAAUUCAGGUUAAAGGCUUAUUGUUAACAACUAUGACGUUAUUUCUUUGCAGGUAAAUGAGUUUGUACUGAAUACGGGGCGGGGUUGAGGUGUUUCAGGAGGUGGGAGGUCAUAUCCUUGGCCAAGCUUCAUCAAGGGCUGUGGUUACGGAACAACUUAGACAGAAGAUUGCCUUAUUUGACGUUUUGGUCUGUGACUCAGAUGAAAUGAAACGUGGUCCCCGAUGCUGAAGACCAUUUUAGAACCAAAUGUUGCUGAUUGGCGUGUUGGUCAUUGCGAUAGCUUUUGGCUAACAACACUCACUUCGUAGUUUGUACAGGUGUUGUAAAGUGAGAAUUAUAAUGUGAAGAGGAAGGUCAGGGAGAAUUUGUCCCCCCCCAAAAUCCUGUGAAAAGGACUUAAGGAAAAGUGAGAAAGUCAGAGUGGACUAAAUCGUCAAAGCAAUAUUUUGAAACUAUAUUUUUUUCUUUUAGAUCGACUUGAAAUCCUCACUUUGUUGUUGAUGAUAGCAGGCACAACUCAAUAUUGAUCUGCUCUGAAAUUUUACCGUCUACAAGUUGAAGUUAGCCCCCCCCCCCAAUUUACACAAUUCUGCUGACGAACAGACAAACAAACAAGUCAUAAUGGAGGUAUUAAUAAGAACUACCACGUAAUGAUACAAACUCAUUCUAUGAAGCCUAACGGUAAAAUAUAUUGAAGAGUUGGAGUUCCAUGCAUUCGCUACGUCUCCGUAGCCUCACUUGAGUAAGAAAAAGAACAAGUGACCUCAGAUCUGUAAUAUAACUGCUGGCAGCUAUUUCUUUUUACCUGAAAUCAACAUUUUUUCCAGCUUUGGUGUUGAAUCCGACAAUGCUUUAGCACAUUUAGUUUUAGAUGGUUUCGGGUCCGGGUUAUUAUCUGUUCGGCUUUCUAGUUUACUCCAUUUUGCGUUAACGAAGCGGCCAACAAUAGCGUAGUUCACUGAGGCCAACAAGGCAUGCAGGGACGAUCAGAGCUCACCUUACAAACGCCUCGCACUGGAGUACAUGACACGGUCUGCUGCUAACUCGAGUAUUGAAUUCCAACUGAUAAUUACAGAUUGUUCCACCUUCUAAUAUGGUGGCUUGAAUUUCAUUAGUGGAAUUGGUUGUGAAAAACAGCACAGAGCCAAUCUUUUACUCAGCUGUUAUUUCCAAAAGCAGAACACCUCCAAUAUGGCCACCACAGGGUGCGUAGUGUCACCUAAAAGCCCUUUAUCUCAACGUAACAAGGUGAUUGGAUGUGGACUGUGACUGCAGUUUAUGUGAUCAAAAAACGGUCAUGUGUGGUGUGUUGCAGUUUUUUGACAAUCUGUGUCUUUCUGACGUAAGCGCCGUCAGUUUUCUCCAGGUCGUUGAUUUAGAAACAGAUCUACAUUAAUAACGUACUGACGUCGGGAGCUUGCCGCAUUAUGAACAUGAUUGAUUGUAAUCAUUUGUCCUUGUUUUUAACCAGGCUACACAUGGUGCUAGCUUGGUGGUGAUGCUGUUGACUAUGACUGGGCGAUAUAUUGCAAUAUUUCUGACAAAAUACCCCGAUAUCGAUGUUGUAGAGUUGACCACUGCUUUUACAAAAUACUUACACAAAGAUAUUUAAUAAGUGAUCAUCAGUAAUGCGGAUGACUAAGUGGGUAGAGGGCAAACAAUAGAACAGCUAGAACAAUCCGGUAAUUUUAGAAAAUAGCAUCACUUUACUACAAUGCAGCCUGUAAAACCAGGAAAAGACAACACGUGUGCAAUAUUAUGAUAUCCAAAAAGGUAAUACCCAGCCCUUAUCUCAAUAUUAAUAUAAUAUCAAUAUUUAGUAUUGCCCAGCCCUACUGUUGACUUUAUCCUACUGAAUAUGACAGUUGAAAGCUUGUACAGGUUCUAAGUUUGUGCAGCUGCUGAUAUUUUUGUCUGAUUUUUAACAUUUUAAAAUUGGUUCGUUUAUAUGCCAAAGAUACGGAAGCCCUGAGAGGUAGGUGGAAAAAAAACAUUCAGUCAAGCCAUUUUCUCAGUCUGAUCUAAAUUACUUUCCUGUGUUUAUGACUUAAAAACAGGUAAAAAAUAUUUUUGUGUUUUCUUUUAAUCAGGGGAAAAGGUUUUGGAAGGAGAAUCUUUGUUUGUUGCUGCAAUAUUCAUUUUGGCCACAGAAAAAAGAUCCUGAACAAAAAAUAUGUUCAGCUCUAAAAAGAAAAAUCAGUUGAUACAUGUGAAAACAGUAAAGCAACAACUUUUUUCCCUACCUGUUUCCAAAAAAAUUUUCAAGGAACUAUGCUGGCAAAAAUGUUGGCAAAACUUUUUUUUCACCUGUUUUGAAAUGAUGAACACAGGAGGACAAAAAAACAAAUUACACCAGACUUACAAAAUUAUCGAAAAUGUUUUCUUCUCAUUUUCCUUUUAGGGCUUCCGUACAAAAAACUCCCAAAAAAAAUCUGAUUUCCCCUAGAGCUGUACACUACUGAGGGCGCAGGAGUCACUAGAUUAAGAAGUAGAAUGCAACAAUAGCUCUUUGCUGAUUCUAAUUCUUUUUUUAGGGUUAACAGCUGCUCAAGUAAGUGAAGCAGAUGUUACACUCACCUCUGAGAAGUUGUUCAGAAACGCAUCAUCACCCUCAUUGUAUCAGAGGUUGAGAGCGCCACCUCGCUUGUGUGUUAGUUUGCUAAUCAAAGUGUGUCUUGCUGUCCAGACAGCCAAUAGCGACAGAAACCUACACAGACAAGUUCAGGCUAUUUUCUUUAAUUCAAGGUCUCAUUUCGAACACAUUUUGAGUUCCUCAUUGCAAUAGAUGAGAUAUCAGUGAAAUUAUAAAGCCAUGCGAGGUGCAAGACAGCAGUGAUGCAUGUGAUGGGGAUUCAAACACUUCUCCCUGACUUCCUGUUUAUCGUUAGCUGACAACGUCUCGACAUCGCUCCCCCAGCCAAGUUUAUCUGAUACAAUUGUAACUUUUCAGGUGAUAAAAUGGGCUCACGUAUCUGAAUUUUUAGUAUACUAUGUGUGUACAUAUAUAGAUGUACGAGUGUGUGUGUGUGUGUGUGUGUGUGUGUGUGUGUGUGUGUAACUGAUAUUCUUAAGUGCCUUUUUUGUAUUUUUUAUGUUGAUCUGUAUGCUGUAAGGACUGUCUUUCCCAUCUGAUUUCCUGUACAUCCUGUUUUUUUGUACAGCAUUUUGAUAUUUACAAUAUUGUUUGCAUUAUAGUCAUAUACAGUAUGGGUAUGAUUACUGUACAGUAACAGCAGGAAUAAACCCAAUAGGAGUUGGUGUAGAGGAGAAGGUUAACAAUAUAUGAUACUUGAAAAUGUUUGUAUCUGGCUUAUUGAUGAAUAUGUGAUUGUUUCAUAGAUGAAUAUUCACUAUGCUUGCUGGACAUAGAUGGACCACAAUAACUGGACAUUUGCCCUAAAAUGUGAACUUUGCUACACUUAACUCUAAUAAAAAAUGGGGAUGUGGAUUAAGAA